UUGGGGUUGAGUUUUGAGGUAAAUGCUGUUUCUGCACUUAAAUACGUGGAACCCUGAGGUAACAACAACAAAUCGCCCAAUUUAAAAUUUAUUUUCGUUCUUCCUAUUUCUCGAUUCGAGAUCCCUUCAUAUUCUUCCAGAUUUGGAUGAAUGGGGAUUCAAACGAUGGGAAGUCAAAGUAAUGGGCAACAACAGUCACAUGUACAUCCGUCUAGACAAAACUCGUGGUACAGUUUAACUCUGAAUGAAGUUGAGAAUCAAUUAGGGAAUUUAGAGAAGCCCUUGGGAAGUAUGAAUAUGGAUGAGCUUCUUAGGAAUGUAUGGACCACUGAGUCUAAUGAAAUUGAAAACACUUCAUCGGUAUCACCGUCCUGUCUGCAACAACGUCAGACGAGCCAAACGUUGGCCAGGGCGUUGAGUGGGAAGACUGUGGAUCAAGUUUGGAAAGAAAUUCAACAGGGCUAUGAGAAGAGGUUUAGUCGUCAACGGGAACCAUCGCUUGGUGAGGUUACUUUGGAAGAUUUCUUGGUACAGGCAGCAUCGGUAAGUCCUAUGGAAUUGGAUUCUCCACAACCAAUGGCUGUGACCCCUUCAAGUGCUACCUUAUCAAACACGACAAUACCAACCCACAAUAGAGCGGCUGAUGCUACUGCCAUUGAGAAGAGUGUUGAGAGGAGAUUAAGGAGGAAGAUCAAAAACAGAGAAUCUGCUGCGCGUUCCAGAGCUAGAAAACAGGCCUAUCAUAAUGAACUUGUUAACAAGGUUUCACGUCUUGAAGAAGACAAUUUAAAGCUCAAGAAAGAGAAGGAAUUUGAGAAGAUGCUUGGAUCUGAAUCAUUAAGCCAACCAAAAUACCAACUUCGUAGAACGAGUUCAGCUGUAUUCUGAUGUAAAACUGGCGAUACAACUUAGCAGUUCCUUAAAUGUUAGACUAUAGUAUUUGGGUAUGUAAGUGACCUGCUUUGAUAAUUUGUGAUGGGGCUGCUUAUUUCUGCUGCUGAUGUGCAUCUUUACCAGUCGCCAUUAGGGUCUGGCUUUUAUGUAAAUUUAUGAUUAACCCAUGUUGGAAUUAGCACUGGAUGUGCCAUGUUUAUAAGAUUAAGUGCUGUUUGUUUGCUGGAAAACAGAAUCAAGAAAGAAGUAAUUCCAAACUGUAAGUUGGGAUGCAUAUUAGGAAGUGAAAGCAUUUGGUUACAGGUUUUUAAGAUUA